AGUAGCUCAGAGAAGGCGCAGAUCGAACGCUGUUUUGCUAUCACAGCACGCACACCUGAAUUUGACAAAAUGGUUGCAAUUUGAUCAUUAAGAUCGGAUACCGCUAAAUUAAAAAAAAAAGCCGUGCAAAUAACAUUCAAGGAAUAUUUUACAAACCCAAGGAUCGACGGACUUCGGAGCACCGAAGUCGAGCUGCAUUACCUAAGAGCGCUAAGUGAGACAGAAAAGUUUGCGAUUCUUUGCGGUACCAGUUCUGUGGGACUGAGCAGGAUUAAUACAGUUGAACUCUGUUUUCGCAACAAAGCGACAGGCAAAUCUGGACUUUGCAUUACGUUGCAAGAUCAGCCUUGGACAACAUAUCUGGGAAACCGCGGCGUUCUACCGGGUCGGGCAGAAAUGAGUUUCGCCCCUGCGUUUACCAAUUAAAACAAGAAUCGACUGUCAUUGAACUUCUGCUAGGAUUGCAACGGGGACGUUGUGUGCAAUUGAAGCCACAAAGCUGCCUAUCCCCGAAUCCAGCCUCUCUUAAAAGUAUUUCGCCAGUAAUUCGAAAACUGAAAGCAGACGAAUAUAUACGAUUUGCAGUGCAAAUAACGUGUCACGGCUGAGAGAAGGCGGAGUUAAUAUAUGGGAUCGUACACUAUUGACGUGAAAUGAAAGAAUUUAACACAUUAUCUGGCUAUACGUGGGGGAAGAAAAAAAGUAAAGCUGGCAGCUCCCGCUGAUUGCAUUAAAACUGCAUGUAGUCUCGUAUUUUUGAGAGCUAUGAAAUACUCAUUAAAUACGCUGGAGAGAGGAAAAUGUAUCAAGUAACGGGAUUUUGAAAAUUGCUACUUUGUUUUUUGUGUAGUCCUCCUAAUUGCUUUCCUCUAUAUGUAUUUUGGAAUUGAACAUUGUGUUUGCAUUUUAACAGAGAGAAAGAAAACAAGGGAAGAGCGUAACUUUGCAAUCAUAUACAUUUAUAAACACAAACCCGCAGAGAGAUAAGAGGACACAAUGGAGACCGAGCACCGCUACGGCAAUUACACUGCGGGACCCUCGGAAGCAGCGAGCAUGCAGCGGCAGGGGGCGGUGUUCCAGAGCGUGUUCCACACGGCGUGCGCGCUCGACGAUGAGCGGGAACGCGGCGGCCAGGAGGCGGCGGCGCCGCCGACAGCGACUGGAGCGCGCGAAGCCGGCGGCGGCAGCGGCGGCGACUUUGGCGCCUUUUGCGAGGACGCCACGUGCCGCCAGAGCGGCGCCAUCUUGAGCGAGGAGGAGGAGGGGGAGGCGGCCGCCGCUCCCGCCCGCGGGGCACGGCCGUUCGUUGUCCGUACGCUCUUCAGCGCCUGUCCGCAACGCGACAAGAACCGCGGCUAUCACGGUGACUUCCAGGACCGGGAACUGGCGAGCGUUUACUCGCCCGACGCCGAGUUCAGCGGCAGUUGCUCGUACUCAUUGACCAGCGACACCGCCCGGGAGCUUUGCAAAGCCGUGUCGGUGUCCAUGGGCCUCAAUGUGGACAGCAACGAGCUGGGCGAACUGCAGUCGUCCUACGGCGGUUCUGGCAAGAGGGACUGCAUGUUCGCUUUCCCGGAGGCCAACAGCAUCGACGCUGUAUCCGAUCAGCCGAGCCCCGGGUCUCACAGCCGGAGGCUGGCCGGUAGGUUGGAGGCGGCGGCGCCGCUGAGCCAAGCAGAAGCCGACUACGAGGUGAUCCCGCCGCGCCGGGAGGCGACCCGAGGCGGGCUGCUAGAGGACUCGGGCGGCUGUGUGGCCCGGGUGACCGGCGACAAGCCGAUGGGCAACAACGGGCAGGCGGGUGAGCUCCCCGAGAAAGACCACAAGCAGUGCCCCCACGCCAGGGUAUUGGUGACCAACUACGGCCUCGGCCCUCCUCCCUCGGAAGAGGGCACCCUGUACAACCUUCCGGACAGGGCCGGCUUCGGUGGGGGCAACGACCACUGCGUUCUGAACGGUGGCGACUGCGACGUCCAUAUCCCGGGUUUCACUAUUAAAGUCGAAGAGUCAGACGCCCCGGACGGCCGCGAAGUUUUCGGAGCCCAGUGCAGGUACUCGGACUGCUCCGGCCACCCACUUUACGGCUCCCCGUCGUCCUGGCGUUAUGUGGAGAAAGUGGGCUUGGAGAAUGAUUACGGCGGAUGCCCCGAAUAUCCCGGGAACACGAUGGCUGUUCGAGAGGACGCUGUUACCUCCGAGUCGUGGUACUCCACUGGGAUGCUGGAUCGAGGACCGCACCAAUCCUCUUGCCACAUUAAAAGCGAAAUGGAUAAUUGGAUCGAUGGAUACUAUAAUAUACGAUUGGAUAACACAAGGAACCUUGGUCUUCAGAUGGACUACUUUUUCCAGCCUCAGAAAACAUGUCUCAUUUGUGGUGACGAGGCAUCUGGAUGUCAUUAUGGAGCACUCACCUGUGGUAGUUGUAAAGUGUUCUUCAAGAGGGCAGCAGAAGGAAAACACAAGUUUCUAUGUGCCAGCAGGAAUGAUUGUACCAUUGAUAAAGUACGGAGAAAAAACUGUCCAUCAUGUCGUCUGAGAAAGUGUUUUGCAGCUGGGAUGACGCUUGGAGGUCGAAAAUUAAAGAAUACAAGACCAUUCCAAACUGCAGAGGAAAUGGAUUCUCCAGUUACACAAAAGCAACAGGACACCAAUCUCAUGAUCGUACCAAGGAUCAGUGUACCAAGAAUGCAGAAUUUUCAGUGUCAACCCAUUUUCCUAGCUGUACUGCAGUCCAUUGAGCCUGAUAUGGUAUAUGCAGGUUAUGACAAUACGCAGCCUGAUACAUCAACCAGUUUGUUGACAAGCCUCAAUGAACUUGGGGAAAGACAACUUGUACGUGUUGUUAAAUGGGCGAAGGUCUUACCAGGUUUUCGCAAUUUACAUGUGGAUGACCAAAUGAGUCUCAUACAGUAUUCGUGGAUGGCAGUUAUGGUCUUCGCAAUGGGAUGGAGGUCCUAUAGAAUUGUGAAUGCCAGAAUGCUCUACUUUGCACCAGACUUGGUAUUUAAUGAGCAACGGAUGCAAACGUCAACUAUGUAUAAUCUUUGUAUGGAAAUGCAGCGUCUAUCCCAGGAGUUUCAAUGGCUGCAACUCUCACAGGAUGAGUUCCUUUGCAUGAAAGUGUUACUACUGUUUAGCAUCAUUCCAGUUGAAGGUCUGAAAAACCAGAAUUACUUUGAUGAGCUGCGUAUGAACUACAUACAGGAACUGGAUAGAGUAAUCUCCUUUCAGGGGAAAGAUAUGCACAACCCACAGCGUUUUUAUCAACUAACCAAGCUUCUAGAUUCUCUGCAAAUGACAGUGAAGAAACUUCAUCAGUUUACAUUCGAUCUCUUUGUUCAAUCUCAGUCUCUCUGUGUCCAGUUCCCUGAAAUGAUGGCAGAAAUAAUAUCUGCCCAGGUACCAAAGAUCCUCGCUGGUAUGGCCAAACCGAUUCUUUUUCAUGAAAAGUGACAUUCAUUGCUUAUAUGUGUUAUACUGCCUGUACUACCUAGAGUUUAUCUUGUUUUCAACUUCAGUUCAAUCAAAUGCAGAACGUGUGAAUUAAGAAAUGGGGAAAAAUGCAAAAUCUACCCUUGUUUCUUGUUUUCAGUUGACACAUUUACAGACUUGGUCAAGUUAUACAACCACUGUGGUAGGCAGGUUGUAAUCUUACUAACCAGUUGUUAUGUUGGACCACACAAAUUACUGGAUAAAAACAUGAUUAUGUUUAGAAAAAAAAGUUGAAUUUACCUCUUCAUUGGUCCUUCAGAAGAGUUUCAUUUUCUGAUUUUUACUUAAAGCUACCUACAUUUUGUUCUUGUUAUUUUGAAACUACCUAGUGACCUUUUUUCAUUUUACAUAUCAGAUAUUAGUUUUGCCUGGUGUUAACAUAGUGCCUAAUAUUAUACAUUUAUCAAAUUAUAUUUGUUAAAUGCAAAAUUUGAUGUAAAUUGCAAUUUUUUAAUUUGCACUAUAAAUUUCCUUUUUCUGAAUGUCAGAAAAAAAUUAUUUUAUGGUAGUUUUGGGAUGUCCAAAAUUCAUAAAUAUUUUUUUAAUUUCCAAAGAGGUACAUUAUAUAAUAGGCAUUUCCAUGCAAUGAUUUACUACGGAUCUUACUUUCUGUUUAAAAGCAUGCAUUUGAAAAUCUAAAAUCAUAGAAUUUGUACUUCUAAAUCCCAACUUUAUCAUGUUUCACUAUUAAGGAAUGCAUAAGUUCUGGUUGCACUCUGCUACUUUUGUGAGUAAUUGGCAGACUUGUUCUUUUGAUGGAAUUGAGCUUCUGCCUAGUCAAUAUAAUAUGCAGUGAUAUUCCAAACUUGAUACGUACCAAAGCCAUUUUUGUUACUUAAAUGAGGAUCCUGGUAUAUAUUCUUUGACUAUGCAGUGCAGCACGAUACUACCUGCAUGUUUGGAUCUUUAUAGCUCUUGCUCAUAUUGCCAAAUUUGUUUUAUUCUCUACAUACUUAACCAGAAAUAAUAUUUAAAGAUAGACAUUUACCGUAACCCAACACUGAUAAGUUCCACCAGGCAAUAAAAAGACACACACUACUUAACCACUCUUAUUGAUCAAAAAUGAAAAGCAUUUCUUCUUUGGUAUGCAGUCUUCCUGGCUGUUAUUUGCAUUUUGAUCAGUAAAUAUUUUUGCUGUUUUUUUGUACUUGCCCCCUUUUUAUUCAGCGUAAAAGCAUAACAGAUACAAACAGCAUAAUAUAAAAAUACAUCUGAAAAUGUCUUAAGUAUACCACAUAUCUGUACUAGAUUUGGUUUGCUGCAAACCAUUCAAACUCUCGUUCUCCCACAAAAAUGAAGUAUGAAUAUAGACCACAUGGUGAAAGCAGCUUGCAUCUGAAGAAGAAAGACGUUAUGCCAGUAAUUUUUUUCUCAAAAAUUGAGUUUAAAAUAGUCCUUUUUUAUUCUAGGCAUGAGCAUGUUAUUAACAUUUAGUGUUAACGAAAAGAAAAUGAUGUAAAUUUCCGAACUCCAUUAGUGUAAAGUAAAAAUAUGGAGAUAAUGCAUUUCUCCAUUGGAAGUAUUUUCAAAUUAAAUGUCUUGUGUAAAAAUGUUUCUGUAGGCUUCACAGUUUAAAAAAAAGAGAACUUUUUCCGUCAUAUGUGAAUGGCACCAAUGUAAUGCGUACCUUGUUUGGAAUUCUUUCUGAAAUAAAAUUUCUUUGUUCAGUGCAGUCAAAAGACAGGCUAAAGCUAGAUGUACAAUUCUAUAAGCAUAUUCUUUAACAAAAUAUUGUAUUUUUGAGAGAUGGGAAGGAUAGAGGAAUGCACUUGUUCAUAUUUUAAGCAAAUUAAAAGGACGCUACUUAUUGUAAAAUGACUUAGUUUUUGCUUUUCUUUGAGUGUACAGGAAAGAGAUUAUUUACUUGACAGUGCAAGCUUAAUUAUUGUUGCAUUUCAGUUGUAGUAUAUCCUUAAAGUAUUGAGGACUUGGUCAUUGAAUCCAUGACUUUCAGUAACCUAGGUGAUCGUAGAUACUGGGAGCAAAUAAAAUCCUAAAUCUUUUUGUUUCAUUUAUCUCACAAAAUAUAAACUGAACAGUUUUGGUUCUUCUAAAGGAAGUGUGGUAAGCUGAGACCUAAGAGAUGGACCAGUGUUUAUUUUGCAAAUAAAUAAAUACUUAUUGUUUACUCAGUUUAUCUUGCCAAUUUUUUGGCUCCUAACUCCGAAAUGCUUGUAAUCCUAGCUAUAAUUCAAAUUAGUUUAUAGUGUAAGUCAAAAAUAAAUGAGUUCCUGCACUGAAUUCAAAAAUAUCCUUAUUCAUUGGUCUUUUCAGCAUGAGAAAGUAUUUUUGUAAGAUUUUGAAAUGCUGACAGUACUGAGAUUUCAGAAGUAGAGUGACAAUCACUUGGAAUGAAUGAAUUAUGUUAUGUAAAUGUACAAAUCUGUGUUACAGUAGUAACAUGUUGCUGGUUAAGCAAAAGUAAUGCAUAUAACAGAUAAUUCUUAAUUCACCUCUAUGGCAAUUAAAAUAUUUCAUCUAUCUAGUCAUUCCUGUUAAGUAGAAGGCACCCAAUGUACAGGAAAUAAACUAACAUUUGCCAUGAUGUUCCCUUAAGCAGGUAUCCUUAUUGAGAAGGUGUAUGUUGAUACUCAUAUAUUUGUGUUCCAAUUUUAUAAAUUUCUGGAUAUUUUUCUUUUAUGGAAAAUUAUUCCCAAGUGCUAACUAAUAUCUGUAUAUAUAUUUCCCAUGCCUUAGCUACCAUAAAUGUGUAAAUCAAUUUGUAAGUGCCUUCCCAAAUUUGUUAAAGCUAACAGGGAAAAAUAUAGUCUAAUAUGUUAGAAUGCUAUCAGACACUCUUUAAAAAUUAGUUUUAAAUUAAGUUUAACUGGCAUCACAACAUUAGGAAUCUCUUUAACAAGGUGAAAUUUUAAAGGUAUCUUCAGAAUUUUUGUUCCCUGUUCUCAGCUUUUGUUUCAUAUUUCAUUUUAUGUUAAUAGCCCUAAAACCUACAAAUUCAUAACUCCUGACUAUCAUUAGAUCCGGUUAUAUAAUUGAGAAGUGCUUCUGUUUUGGAGUUACUUUAUGAAAGGAGUUUCAUUAUGAAAACCUCCUUUCCACUAACUUUCAGUGAAACUUAGUUACCCCACAAGUCAUGCGAUUCACAAAUUUGCUAUUCACAACCUACCUUGCUGUGUACAAUUAGCAAAGAAAUUUUUUGACAGAUUGAUUAAGGGAGACCCCGGCCAACAAAACUUACCAUUAUGGUAUUAACGUAUAUCACAAAGGUAGUAUUCAAUAUAAAAUACUGUAAUGAAAUUGUAUUUUGUAAUAUUUCAACAUGUAUUGUUGCCUUGUAAUGUAGUUCCAGAUUAGGUAUUUUUUUACCCAGAAGCAGAAAGCUCAGAAUGCUUAUGGGUAGUGUGGUGAGUAUGAGAUGAAAUCAGUUUAUGAUUUGGGUUAUGGACUGAGUUAGGGGAAUCUAAAAAAUCAUAACUUAAAAACAAAACAUAUUUCAAAUCCUUUUUUCAAGUUUAGCUUCAAAUACUAGGUAUUUCCAGUAGUUUCUUUUUUUGUUUUGUAUUUCUGAAAUCUUCUGAUGCUAUUUUUUGUUUUGAAAUGAUAAAUAAUGCACCUUAAGACGUAAAUAGAUCUCAAAGAGAAAUCUCAACUAUGUUUCAUGGUCCUUGAAUAAAAAUUUACCAGACAUAUAAUAUUUGACCCCUUGGUUUUUUUUCAGGCAAACCAAAAGUUACUUUCCCAACAGUUUGAGUGUCUGACCAGUACCAUUUACUUAAUGUAAAUGUAGGAUCGCCCCAAUUUUAGUUUUAAGUUUGUUGAUAAAUAAGGUCUGUUUCUUUAAUGGUCUGAGAAUAGAAAUAUUUUGUAAGAAUAAGCACCUUAUAACUGACUGUUUUUAUUAGUCUUUUUUGAUUCCUUUUUGUAUUGUUGAGCAUUUGGUUAAUAAAGGGAAUAUGCAUAUUUCUAUACUGUUUUGUACAGCAGUGUACUGUAUAUAUGCAUUACAUAGUUUUUGCAAUGCAGUAAUGUACUGUGCUUGAAAAUGUUAAUGUAUUUGUUUUAUUCUGUUAACGUCUGUAUAGUAGUAUAGGGUGGUGGAGACUGCCUGGGCACCUGCAGGAUAAACUAUUGAGAUGAAGCAAAUGGUACUGCUGUAUAAGUAGGGUUGUCACAAUAAGAUGCAUUUGUAAUGAAUAUUAAUGUUAUCGCUAAAGUUUAGGAAAAGUAUUAUUGGGAUCUCCUGUUAGUAUCAUGUCUUUAUUUUUGACAACCUAAAGUGAAUGUGAGAUGGCAAAAUAAAAGCUUACUAAAGUUGUUUAAAGAAACAAUGUUAAGAAAUAGAUGCUGUUUUCAACAAAAGUACAUAAAAUGAAAAUAGUGUUCUUUUGAAUAUUCAACAGAAAAAUUAAAUCCAUUUUAAUCCUUUUUCUGCGCUCAACAGAGUGGUCAUUGAUGGCUAUCUCAUUGUUUAAUAGCAGUAGUAGGUAGCUUAGGGGUGGCCUGGGACUAGGCUUGACAAAGAAAUCAUGACAGAUUUUCAAUUAUGUGAAUCAUAGAGGUAGCAAUAAAGUUGUGAUUUAAGUGUGGUCUAUUUCUCACUGAUCUACAGGUAGAAAUGAGAAGUAUAAAACAAUGCAGUCAUUGAUAUACUUAAGGCAAUAGAAAAGUUUGUCACAGUUACUGUUAUUUAAUGAAUUAAAGAAGUCUGGUUGUCUUUUCCUGCCAGAUAUCAGCUGAUGCAGCAACAACAUCAAGCAUUUUUGAUCUGUUUGUAUUUUCUAAAGGGACAGACUAUCAUAUGCCUACCAAUGCUUCCAUAGUUCACUCUACUUGAAAAGGCUAGUACCUUUAGAAACAAUGAAUAGUGUGUGAAUUGCACCAUAAAAAAGUACAUUUCCUGGACAAUGCCCUGUGUGCUGUCUAUGAAACAAAGUUUGCAUACAUAUAUCAUAAGAGAAGGAUUGAGAGCCAAUGCACCAAUUGACCAGCAAUUGCCAAUUACUAACCUAAUUUAUAAUUAGGAGCACCAGAAGUGAACCAAGCUCUUCCUUUGGGAGGCUGCCAAAAGAGCCAAUUCCUGAGAGGAUUGGAGAAAUUCUAAUUAUAAUUACAAUAUAAUUACAUAAUAUUCCUAACAAACUCUGUCACUGGGAAUGAACUAAAGGAAACAAGAGUUGAGAGAACACAGGUGAGAUUCUUAUUAUGUUACCUUUAUGUUGACAAGCUGUUUUAAGGCCAUUUUGGCUUUCUUUUAAUAAAACAUCAACUACAAUCUGGAUGACCUUGAUUUGGGAGUAACAGUGAGCAAAGGUUCAUUUAUUAUUAAAUCAUACACAACUCUUGAAAUUUGUCUUGUCCAGAUACCCAUGAAACAAAGAAAGAACAUGAAAGUUGUUCAGAGAGAAUCAUCGACCCUCCACCAGCGGCACAAAAGCAUCAUCCCAAUUAUUGACCACCAACCCCCCCCACUCAAAAAACUAACAGAACAUCAAUCCCCAAAUACCCUUCAUUCACAUGACAAAACAGAAAAGGAACAGGUGAUAAAAAAUCACAAAAUAAAAACCCAUGUCAGAAAAAGUCCCCAGUCCAUAAACACAGUAGGCCAAUCUAAAUGCAGAACCACUAUACCGGGGGUCGGCAACCUGCGGCUCCCGAGCCAUUUGUGGCUCUUUCACCUCUGUGCUGCGGCUCCCUGUGGCUUUGGGAAAUAAUUGGUCAGUAUUUAAUUAAAAUGUAUUUUAUGUUAGUUUGUUAGCUUUUGAAAUGUAAUUCUAAAUUUGAAGAUUAUGGUGAUCUUGUACAAUCUAAGUGUGGCGACAUCCGAAACGGCUCACAAUUAGCCAGCAUUCCGGCUAAGGGAGAUAGCCUACGGGGGUUUGUGAGUACGCGUCUUUUGCAGCAUCUGCGUCCAUGGGGGCUGGGUUGAGAGAGGCUUAAAAGCAAGGCUGUUUAGUUCGAAUAAAGCUAUCUUUGACUGCAGUUUACUGACACCGCUACAACGUGUUUUUAUCGCUGGCUGUCCAGACGGAAGGUGCUGAAACGCUUUGUCGCGUGUCUGGAAGAAGUGAAAACUUUCCUGGGCAGCAAAGGGCUCACCUUUCCUGAGCUGGAACAGCCAGAGUGGCUGGAAAAGCUACACUUCAUGGUAGACAUGACAGCGCACCUGAACACGCUGAACACAGUUCUUCAGGGGAAAGGACGUACAGCCCUGCACAUGUUGGAGGAUGUUUUGGCAUUCGAGCGCAAGUUGACAGUGCUUGCCAGAGAUUUACAGAAAGGCACAUUGUCUCACUUCCCCAAUUUGAGAGAGUUCAAACAAGGUCACGACAUGAUAAAUUCGGAGUAUUUACAUUCUGCAAUCAUCGCAAUGCAAACAUCGUUUGGGAAACGCUUCUGUGAGUUCAGAGAGGAAAAAAACACAUUAUCCUUCCCGGUCACUCCCUUAAGCAUCGAUCCUUCCCUACUGAAUACGACUGCAUUGGCAGGUGUGAGUCAACCUGAUCUUGAGAUGGAACUGGCCGACAUAGCCGACAAAGACAUAUGGGUGUCCAAGUUUAGACGCUUGACAGCAGACCUUGAAGAUGUUGCCCGUUCUUGCUCAGAAACACAAAUGGAGUGAUAUUGAAAACCUUCUAAAACCGGACAAACUUGUGUUCGAAACAUGGAAUGCUAUGCCCGACAUUUAUGUAAACAUUAAAAAGUAUGCGCUUUGAGUCCUGUCGAUCUUUGGAUCCACAUAUGUAAGUGAGCAGGUGUUCUCCAACAUGAACUUUAUUAAAAACAAACAUCGCGCAUGCCUCACAGAUGACAGCUUGCGAUCCUGUGUAAAGAUGAAGGUGACGUCAUACAGCCCUGAUGUGCAGACGCUGUGCGCUGAGGUCCAGGAGCAGAAAUCCCAUUAACCAA